UAUGAUUGGGCCAACAACACAAAUAAUAACGUUAUAGCUAAGCGAUUAGCUACUUUCAGUGGUGGGCUAUAUGUGGCUAUGUUGUUCUGUAAAAUGUACUGGAAUGUUGUAGAUUACAAUCGGAUGCACACUCCAUCUAGUUUGUAUCAAAUCAUUAGUUCAUACUCUAAGUGGUGAAAUGAACAUUUGUGCCAAACAUGAGUAAAACAAAUGAGUAAUGCGGAAUUAUUUUUCUCCAAUUUAAAUUCAAUUAAAUACUGUAGCUGUCCCGCAAUGAAAUCUAAUGAGAUUCACACAUGGAGGAUUCUCUCAUAUGAGUUGCUGCCCUCUAGUGUUACAGAGCAGUCAAUGCAUGCCCUCUCGUGGUUGGUGGUUAGUGGUUGACGUGUCUAUGAAACAGCCAAUCGAGAAGCAGAGCACCGUAACGUGCUCUAUUGUAUAUUUCCACAUUUCCUGUUUUCCUUAGCUAGCCGAGCUGUCAAUGAAACGCUGACUGUUCUGAUAUUCUAGGAGGGUGCUUAAUUCCUAGAUGACCUAUGCUGGACCAGAGCCAAGAGGCACCAUAAUGGUUCUCUAUCUUUCUUCCAUUUUCCAGAGGUUGUCCUGACUGAUCCAUUCUCCAGAGGUUGUCCUGACUGCUCCAUUCUCCAGAGGUUAUCCUGACUGAUCCAUUCUCCAGAGGUUGUCCUGACUGAUCCAUUCUCCAGAGGUUGUCCUGACUGAUCCAUUCUCCAGAGGUUGUCCUGACUGAUCCAUUCUCCAGAGGUUGUCCUAACUGAACACAGGAGAUGACCCAACAAGGCCUAUCCCCGUAUCAGCACUGACACAAGCAAAGGCUGUAGUCCAGUCAUACCAUUUUAACUCUCUCCUGUCUCUGGUGUGAGUCGACGCAUGUCGCGGAUCAGGAGCACGCUCAACACUGUUUCCAAAGCGGUAAGCGGCACCGACCUCCUCUCCAAGAUAUCCCGCCUUAAGCCCAGCGCCGCAGUCGCCCAUGCAGAGAAGGUACUGGCCAAAGCGGAGCCUCCGACUCCAUCUCCAACCCCGGCAGCGAGUGAUGCUUCAGCUGCAACAGCCAUGAAGCCACCAGAGCAGGAUCAGACAGGAGGACUGGAGCAGAACAAUGGAGAGGAGGUGAAGGAGAAUCAUCCACUUCAGGCUUUAGAGAAACCCUUCAUGGCCAACGUCAAGCCCAAACAUAGUCUCACUGCGUCAGUGGCUAAAUCCACCGCCAGCUCCUCGUCAGCCGUGGCCAAGCAGACGUUACAGCUGUUCCACCCAGAGGCCCUCUCCACCAACAUGGACGAGACAUACAGCACCCUGGCUCAACAUGUCAACGACUACUUCGGGAGUAGUAGUAGUCUAUCAACAGGAGACGACAAGAAGCCUCACCAUCUAAAUGACAAUGCUCAAGCAUCCACGUCCUCCAAGCCUGCUCUCAAUCAACGCUAUCAGAGUACUAAGAGCGGGGACCACAUCCCCGUUUCAGUACCAGUGGCAGCUGAGACCGAGGUUAUCCAGGGCGAGACUGCUACCCCACGACCGACUCCUCCCCUGGACGAGGUUAGCCCAACCUCAGGUGUUCCCACCCGAGAAAGCCCUGCCUCAGACAGCACUUCCUUUGACCCAGCCACCACUACCCCCACCCUAACACCCUCUAAAAAAGGGGGGUUUGGCCAGUACCUGUCCGACCCUCGCCCCAAUGUUCAGGCAUUCUUUGGCAGCUACAUAGCACCCUUGGUUCCUAGUAAGUUCAGGGCUGAAGCCAAGAGCGUCACAGCAGCAGUUAAAGGGAAGACCACGGAGGAGGCUGUGAGGAAGCCUGGAGAGAAGACAGAGACUGAGGAGGAGAAGAAGAACGCUGAAGAGAGGGCCAAGAAACUGCUGCUGAGCCAGAGAGAGAAGAUCAUAGCCCGGGUGAGUAUGGACAACAGGACCAGAGCCCUGGUGCAGGGCAUCCAGAAAGCCACAGAUGUGAAUAUCCACACCAGCCGUGUGGAGGAGCUCAGCAUGCAUCUACUGGAGUACCCUGAGACACGCGGCGUGGCCGUCAAGGAGAGGGUGAUCCCGUGCCUGUUGCGUCUGAGGCAGACCAGAGACCCCAGGCUCCAGGCUGCAGUGAGAGAAGCCCUGGCCCUGGUGGGAUACACAGACCCUGUGAAGGGCCGGGGUAUACGGAUCCUGGCCAUCGAUGGAGGGGGGACCAGGGGACUGGUGGCCCUGCUGGCCCUACAUAAACUGCAGACCCUGACGGGCAAACCCAUCUACCAGCUGUUUGACUAUAUCUGUGGGGUCAGCACAGGUGCCAUCCUGGCCUUCAUGUUGGGGGUGUUCCAGAUUCCUCUGGAUGAUUGUGAGGAACUCUACAGGAAGCUGGGUUCUGACGUGUUCAAACAGAACGUAAUCGUGGGAACCGUCAAGAUGGGCUGGAGCCAUGCCUUCUACGACAGCCAGAUCUGGGAGAACAUCCUCAAAGAGAGAAUGGGAGAAGGCCUCAUGGUCGAGACAGCCCGGGAUCCAAAAUGCCCGAAGGUGUCAGCAGUGAGCACCAUAGUGAACAGGGGUCUACCUCUGAAGGCCUAUGUGUUCAGGAACUACAACAUGCUACCAGGGGUCAGGUCCCACUACAUAGGAGACUGUAAACACAAGAUGUGGCAGGCCAUCAGAGCCUCCUCCGCCGCCCCAGGGUACUUCCAGGAGUAUACACUGGGAAAAGACCUGCACCAGGAUGGAGGUCUCCUCAUCAACAACCCGACAGCGUUGGCCAUCCACGAGUGUAAGCUGCUGUGGCCCAACACCCCAGUGCAGUGUGUCGUCUCUCUGGGUACGGGCCGCUAUGAGACCGCCAGCAAGAACAACAGCACCUACACCAGCCUCAAAGCCAAGAUCACCAAUGUCAUCAGCAGUGCCACCGACACAGAGGAGGUCCACAUCAUGCUGGACGCCCUCCUUCCACCCGACACCUACUUCCGCUUCAACCCCUACAUGAGCGAGGACAUCCCAUUGGACGAGAGCCGGCCGGAGAGGCUCACCUUCCUGCAGGAGGAAGGAACUCGCUACCUGGAGAGGAACGAAGCCAAGCUGAACAAGGCAGCGUCGGUGCUGGCUCUGGAGAAGAGCGCCAUCCAGAGGCUGGCUGAAUGGUGCAAACUGAAGGCCGACAUGUACGAGGGCCUGCCUUUCAUCUCCAAACUGUAGGGGAUGUCUAGAGGUGAAAGGUCAGACAGGCUGCGAGACACUAAUUUAGACUGAUUAUGAAGAUAAUAUAGGAGCUGUAAAGGUCUGACAUGUACGAGGGCCUGCCUUUCAUCUCCAAACUGUAGGGGAUGUCUAGAGGUGAAAGGUCAGACAGGAUGAGAGACACUAAUUUAGACUGAUUAUGAAGAUAAUAUAGGAGCUGUAAAGGUCUGACCUGUACGAGGGCCCUUCAUCAGAAACUGUAGGAGGAGACCUGCAGAGGUUAAAGUUCAAAAGGCAGCUGCAGGCGGUAGGUGCUGAGACAUUCAUUUAGGCUUGAUAAUAAACAUAAUGUGCUUUGAUAUGACUCCAUAUCUGCUUGAUGUAGAUUAUUUGAAUUUCUGUUGCUUGGGCAGGAUGUUGUUGCCUUUGACCUGUGAGAGUAGUGCAGUAGGAUCUGUAGGAGUGUUUUCUCUGAAAAGGGUUUGGCAGGUAGGGCUGAAGGAAUCAACCUUUUGACUGGUCCUAAAUAAAGCGCCACUGUGAAGAGAGCGCAUAUGCUGUGUUUACACAGGCAGCCCAAUUCUAAUAUUUUGCCACCCCAAAAAUCAGAUCAAAUAUUUUGCCAAUAAUUGGGCAAAAGAUCUGAAUUGGACUGCCUGUGUAAACAGCCAUAAUGGUGUGAAUGGUAGAUAGCCAUUUACUGUUUUGAUUUAAGAGUGCAGGGUUUGCAGGGAAGGUCUUUUUAACAACUACCGACUUAACAUGUACUGGUAUGUCAGAUAUUCAGGGUCUGUUAUUAGCAACUCAUUCUGUUGUAAUUACUAUAAAUAUGAAUGUUGUAACUGACCUGGCUGUCACCUCAUUCCCAUGUUCAGUAACUUUAAAUGCUUCAAACUUGAACUAGGCAUGUAAAGUAGAAUGGUAUAAAACAUGUAAUUAUGCCUUUUUUUCACAGAUGAAUGAAAUCAUGCACUUUGUAAAUUGUCACAUUGUUCUUAUCGUAAGAGGUCUGUAAGGGAUCAAAUGUAAAUGGUUUGAUAUGUGAUUUUGAAUAAUGUUUAAUUGCAGAGUUCAUGAUAUUAGCUUUAUAAUGAACUUGUACCUCCUAGUUCCUUUCUCCUGCAUCGGUGUGUGAGAAUGAAAAUGUGUAAUUAAAACAGGUUUCUGUUGUCGUGUUGUC